UGCAGCCGGCCCGCCCUGCCCGGCCCGGCCCCGCCGCCGCCUCUGCUCAGCCGGCCCGGCCGCACGGAGCGAGCUCCAGACCAUUAACGAGACCCCUGGGACCUUCUCCAAGUACGUGACUCUCCAAGGACAUCACCCUGUUUUGGGCAUGUUCUCAGAGUUGAAGUUCCCUGUGCCCUGGGGACAUGUGGCAGCCAAGGCCUGGGGACCCUCGGAGGGACACCCUGUGCUGUGUUUGCAUGGCUGGUUGGACAAUGCCAACACCUUUGACAAGCUCAUUCCACUGCUCCCCAGAGGUUGUUAUUAUGUGGCAAUGGAUUUUUCUGGCCAUGGUUUGUCCUCCCACCGACCUGCAGGCUGCCUCUACCAUUUCCUAGAUUAUGUGACCGAUGUGCGCCGGGUGGCAGCAGCCUUGCAGUGGAGACGGUUCACCCUGAUGGGUCACAGUAUGGGUGGGGCUGUGGCAGGAAUGUUCUGUUUCCUUUAUCCUGAGAUGGUGGACAAGUUGAUCCUGCUGGAAAGUCUUGGCUUUCUUCUAGCUCCAGAGGACACUGAGGCAUGGCUGAAAUCAAAACGGAGGGUGAUCGACAGACUGCUGAGUCUGGAGGCAAAGCAGCAAACUCCCAAAGCACGGAGCCCCGAAGCAGCAUUGCAGAGGCUUUUAGAAGCAAACAGCCAUCUGACAGCAGAGGGUGGGGCAAUCCUGCUGCAGCGAGGAGCAACUGAGACACCCGCUGGGCUGGUGUAUAACAGAGACAUGAGAGCCCGUACGCAGAGUCGAGAGUUCUUCACGGUGGAGCAGUGUGUGAAGCUCCUGCAGAAGAUCCAGGACCGUGUUCUCAUCAUUGUAUCACAAGAUGGACUCUUGGUACCGCACAACCUACCGAGCAGAAAUCACUUUGUGAAAGCCCUGCAAGAGGCAUUCGAGUCUAACUUCAAAGAGCACAUCCAGCUAGCAGAAGUGCCUGGGAGUCAUUUUGUGCACCUGAACGAGCCCGAGGUGGUAUCUGGGAUCAUCAGCAACUUCCUGACAGCAGAGAACACCAGGGCCAGGCUCUAGGAAGCCCUCACAGCUGCAGCAGUCCCAGAGAACUGGGAGCUUAACAAGCAAGCUCCAGAUUUGUCACCAUUCCUACCUCACAUCCAGCAUUAGAUCAUGAUAAUAUUUCCUGUGCUUAGCUCACUGCAGGGUGGAAGCAGGUCUGCCAGGGGUACUCUGAAGGAGAGCUGAGCAAAGUAUCCCAUUUGCCAAAGGGAGAAGGAAUCCUUGCUCUACUUCCAGCUCUGUGAGUACAGGGAUAGAGGCCCAGAGUGGCCUUCCCCUUGGCUUACUCCAAACUUGCACCCUAAAACAGCAGAACACAAGGCAGAGGCACCCUCUGUGACAGCAGCAGCUCCCCAGCUUUGGCACUGCAAUAGAGGUGGCUCAUCUUGCCUCCUCCCUGAGGAUGGUGAGUAGGCUGCUCCCAGGAUUUAACCUGCUGAAAAACAAGGAAAGUGUUCUGCUUCUCUGCUUACUUCCGUAGAUGCCUGAGCGCAGAGGGCCUCAGUGUCUCUGUUCUAUUGUGAGAACUACUAUUUAAGAAUCAGGUUAAAUAAGAGCUCACCUGUGCAGAGAAAGCCAUUUUAAUGAAUGCUGGAGAAUCCUUAAACUUCUAGCUGAAGCAGCUGUGAGAACUACAAAUUAUGGAAAAGUUGGCAGAGACAAUUUCUGUCCUAAAUCAAGAUUCAUGUUCUAAUGUUAAGUCCAUCUUCUAGACUCUAUGGGGGAACAAACCUCCUUUCUCUUUCAGGCCACUCACCCAAGCAGCUAAAAUGCAUCUUGGGAGGCAGCAAUUUUUACACACUGUCUGCCUUAGAUAGGCCUUAUUAAGAAUCUGCCUCCGAGUUAAAUUGAUGCAAAAAGCCCACUGAAGCAGGCAGGCCUGUAAUCUCUGCAAGCAAUGCAAACUGUAUUUGCAGUUGGUUUUUUAGGAGAAGAUAAAUCCAUUUUAUCUCAGCUCUCUGGAAUUUACCACCAUUUCCACCUUACAUUCAUGAUCACAUCUCUAGCGAGUCUGAAGAUUGUAAAAUAAAUGUGUAAAAGCC